AUGCAGAGCCACCCAGAGAGAGAGCUUCAGAGUACUGCUCCCCGCCACAAUGCACCCAUCCUUCUUCUUCAUCCUCUUCCUUUCCUUCUUUUCCUCUACACCCUUUGUUUCUUCUUCCGCUCGCCGGAGCCUCCACGAGCCUUUCGGCCAUUGGACAACCAGUCUCCUCCUUCCACCCCUCUUCCUUCUCCGCCUCCUUCUUCAGCUUCAGCCCCAGAAACUCCCAAGUUACCAUCUUCCACAAAUACCCCUGACCCUCCUCCUUUUUUCCCCUCAUAUCCUGCUUCUCCUCCUCCUCCUCCACCUCCGGUUGCUACCUUCAUUUCUUACCCGGCUAACAUUUCCUCUCUUGCUAUCCCUCAAACUCCCAGACAGAAACCAAACUCUUCCGCCAAGCUCGUCGGAGUCACAGUUGCUGCCAUUCUCUCCGCCGUUGCCUUCGUUGGGGUUUCUGCCUUUGUCUAUUGCCGGUGGCGAGGACGGAGGCGGUAUUCUGAUGAUGAGAAGGUUAUCAGAUCCGAGAGUAAUCUCAGGUUGUUCUCUGAUAAUGUGGAAACCGGCAAUACCAGUCGUAAGGUCCGGCAUACUUCUUCCGCGAGCUCUGAGUUUCUUUAUCUUGGUACUGUUGUCGAUUCGCGCGGCAUCGGCGACGAUCGUGGCCUUGCUGAUUCUCGAGGUAAUGAUAAUGGCGGCGGCGGUAAUCUGGACCCUCGCAGAAUGGACUCUCCGGAGCUUCAACCACUUCCGCCGCUGGCCCGGCAAGCUUCGGGGCAGCAGAAUGGACAGGAGCGUUAUGAUGUGCGUUCGACUACAACAGCAGACGAAGACGAAGAGGAGUUCUACUCACCGAAAGGGUCUUUGGGUGGCCGGGAUAGUUCCAGUGCUACUGGGUCGGGUUCUCGAAGAGCGUUCGUGGCUAAUGCAGGUGAAAAUAUUGGCGGACGAAGCAGUGACUCGGGUUCCACUUCGUUUUCUUCUACCUCAGGUUCGCCGGACCGGUCACAUUCCGCCAGUCUCUCGCCGCCGGUUAGCUUAAGCCCCAAAAGGUCGCAAUCAAAGUCACCGGAGACUACGGUGGCACAGAUAAACCAGGUUGAAUCACCGGCGUUAUCUCCUGUUUACAAUAAUAAUCAGCAUGCGCAAUCUUCUCUGCCAUCGUCAUCUUCGACCCCAGAGAAUGCUUUUGCUCGUGAUGGCCAAUCUCCUUUGCUGUCUCCACUUUCGUUAUCACCAAAUAGAGCUUUGCAGAAGAGUUCUAAUAUGUCAUCUCCGAGAUUAUCUAAUGCAGUUUCAGAGGGAGUGGAGAAAAAUGUGGGUGCUUCUCCAAGAUUAUCUAAUGCUUCAUAUCAAAGUACGAAGUCUGUGUCGUCAUCUUCAGCUUUUUCUCUGCCAUCGUCGCCGGAGAAAGCAUGGGAGCGAAGCUUUGAUCAGUCUCCAAGAAUUUCCAGCUUCUCCGAUCGGUAUAGGCAAUCUCCUCUGUCUCUGUCAUCACGGCCAUUAUCUCCAACCUUGCUUUCAUCACCGGAAACGGAAUUGUGCAAAAUUCCAGUGCAAGAUUUCACCCCACAGCGUAAACGAUGGGAGAUUCCGAUUCUCUCGACAGCCGUUGCUCAGCCACCUCCGGUUUCAGCUCCGCCCCCACCUCCGCCACCUCCACCGCCAGAACAUCAUCGGAAACAAUGGGAAAUUCCAUCCCUUUCAACAGCCACUGAUCAGUCCGUUUCUAGGCCACCUGAGCUAAUACCUCCUUCGAGACCUUUUGUGUUGCAAAACGCAUCAAUGAAGGUUUCACCUGUUGAGUUGCCAUCAAGUUCUCAAAAUUCAGGGGAAGUCGAUGAAGCCCAGAAACCGAAGUUGAAGCCACUGCAUUGGGAUAAAGUGCGAGCAAGCUCUGGUCGCGAAAUGGUGUGGGAUCACUUGAGGACAAGUUCUUUUAAAUUGAAUGAGGAAAUGAUUGAAACUUUGUUUGUGAAUGCGCCUAAGAAUUGUACUCCACGCCCAGGUCUUUGCCAGCAAAGUGAGGAGGACAGAAUACUUGAUCCUAAAAAGUCACAAAAUAUUUCGAUUUUACUACGAGCACUUAAUGUAACUAUAGAAGAAGUUUGUGAAGCUCUUUUAGAAGGUACUGCUGAUACACUUGGAUCAGAACUACUUGAAAGCUUGUUAAAGAUGGCACCGAGCAAGGAAGAGGAGCGGAAAUUGAGGGAAUACAAAGAUGACUCGCUGACCAAGCUUGGUCCUGCUGAGAAAUUUCUGAAGGCUGUGCUUGAUAUACCUUUUGCAUUUAAAAGGGUGGAAGCAAUGCUUUACAUUGCUAACUUUGAAUCUGAGGUGGAAUAUCUCAGGAAAUCUUUUGGAGUUCUGGAGGCUGCAUGUGAAGAGCUGAAAAACAGUAGGAUGUUCUUGAAACUUUUAGAGGCUGUGCUUAAAACCGGGAAUCGUAUGAAUGUGGGGACGAACCGAGGUGAUGCACUUGCCUUCAAGCUUGAUACACUUCUCAAGCUUGUUGAUGUCAAAGGUGCAGAUGGAAAAACCAGCCUCCUGCAUUUUGUUGUCCAGGAAAUUAUAAGAAUUGAAGGCGCUCGAAUCUCAGGUACCAAUCAAACUCCUAACCCUAGCCCCAUUGAAGAUGCCAAGUGCAGGAAACUUGGACUGCAAGUAGUAUCCAGUUUGAGUUCAGAGCUGGCAAAUGUAAAGAAGGCUGCUGCCAUGGAUUCUGAUGUUCUCAUCGGUGAAGUCUCAAAGCUUUCUCAAGGGCUAAAGAAUGUCAAUGGCGUUUUGCAACUAACCGAAACUGCCAAGUUGGAUGAUGAAAGCAGCCAGAAAUUUUCAGAGUCCAUGAACAAAUUCAUGAGAAUGGCUGCAGAGGAGAUUCUGAAAGUUGAAGGUCAGGAAAGAGUUGCUCUGUCCCUUGUGAAGGAACUCACAGAGUACUUCCAUGGAGACUCAGCGAAGGAAGAAGCUCAUCCUUUCAGAAUCUUCAUGGUGGUAAGAGACUUUCUUACUGUUCUCGACCGGGUCUGCAAAGAAGUCAGCAUGAUCAACGAGCGAACCAUGGUUAGUUCUGGGCAUAAAUUUCCAGUUCCUGUAAACCCUACGCUUCCUCCUGGCUUGCAUGGGAAGGAGACAAUGCAAAUAUGCAGUAGUUCUUCAGAUGAGGACAAUUCAUCUCCAUAGCUCUGUACCAUCUUGCUUGCAUCUUCUGUUAGAAACAAUCUGACACAAGGUGAUUGUGACUAGUUGAAGUGUGCAUGUAAAAUAUUUUUGUAAAAAUUAAUGUAAAAGAUUGAAGCUGUAUGUUAUAUGUUAUUGAUAAUAUAUAAAGUAGAAGAUUUUCUUUGGGAAGAACUA